CACGUUGACCGUCUCGAUACCUCCUCAAGACAUGUCAGAAGUCCUUUCGACACACUCACUGUAUUAACCUACAUCAGCGGCCCUCAAAGGCACUUCAACACUCCUAGUAUCGUUCAAUAAGACUUCUAAGCCUUUAUUAGCGUUCCCCCAAAAUACUUCGAUUCUUCUAGUAACGUUCAAUAAGUGCUUCAACACCUUCCUUUUCGCCAGGUUGUAGCCAGAGACCGUCAAUAAAUUAAUCAUUUUAUACACCGCUGGCAACCAAUCUCACAGCUUUGUUAAAACAUAAGCAACACAACAACUGUAACAACAAUCACAGCAGCUAACAUCCAAGCCCAAGACGAUAACUAACCCGACUGCAGAGUCCACGACAAUACCCCGAAAGUAGUAACCACGACAACACAUAUGAACGUAGCAACUGCGACAACAACACAUGCGAACACAGCACCUACAUCAACACCCACGACAACAACACUCACGAACGUCGUAGCAGCCACGACAACAACACUCACGAACGCAGUAGCAACAACGAAAACAAAACCCAGGUCGACAACACCCACAUCAACAACACCCACUACAACAUCCACCUCAGCCAGCGCCCCCGACAAGCCACAUCUCAAGCAGACCCCACCACAUUCCAGCACAAUGUCUGGUCUAGCCAGCAUCCGCCUGACAUCCACGGACAGUGACUCCACAUCUCUCAGCGGCUACAAGAACUCCUCAACCUCCCAGGACUACAUAGACUCAGAUGUCACCAUGUCUCCCCUCAGUCCCAAGAGCCCAAAGAGUCCCAAGAGUCCCAGGAGUCCCUUCAGUCCCAAGAGUCCCUUCAGUCCCAAGAGUCCCUGUAGUCCUCUUAGUCCAAGGACUCCAAGAGGCUCCAGACCCUGUUCUCCAGCAAGCCCAGGUAGAGGAGGUAACCUUGCUUACCUGGCUUCCCGGAGGUCAUCCCGUGACAGUGAGGCUGGGGAUGUGGCACCUCUCGGGUACACCAGAUUCAAGCAACGACGCAGGUCAAACUUCCUGGAGCUGCCCAGCUUUGAGCACUUCAGACCCAGGGUGAGCUCUCUCCCUGAGAAAGCUUACAAUCCCAGGGACUCGGAAGAGCUCUACCGUCUCCGCUCCUUCUCUAUCACCUCUAAGGGCGUGGUCAACAGAGGAGACUCCAUUAUCUCCAAGAGAUCUCGCUCCAACACCUCCGUCUGCUCUACCACCUCCAGGUGUGAGUGCAGUUUGCAUGUGAGGGACCUGGUGUUAGAGAGAUCUCUCUCUAUCCUCAGUAUCAGGCCUUCAAGUCGUAGUGGCAGGAGUGGUGAGAGGUCACCCUUCGAGGGGUCGUGUUGUGGGUCGUCGUACGUGUCGUCUGAGUCGUCCCUGGAGGUGGCUAAGUAUAGGGUGGUGCUACUAGGGGAGACAGGAGUGGGCAAAUCCUCCCUGGUUAACCAGUUUAUGACCUCAGAAUACAUUAAUACUUACGACGCUUCUCUAGAUGACGAGUUUGGAGAGAAGAGUGUGUCGGUGUUGUUAGACGGUGAGGAGAGUGAAGUUACCUUUAUCGACCAUCCUGCACAUGAGAUGUCCGUGGAGAACUGUCUCUCAACAUACGACCCUCACGCAUGUGUGGUCGUCUACUCCACCACUGACAAGAGUUCCUUCAAGAAAGCGGAAGACACCUUAAGUUACCUCUGGAGGGAGAACUACACCAAAGACAAGGCAGUCAUCCUCGUGGGCAACAAGGUGGACCUGGCCCGCUCAAGGAUCGUCAAUAACAAUGAGGGAAAGUCUCUAGCCAGGAGUCACGAGAGCAAGUUUAUAGAGACAUCAAGUGGGAUCCAGCACAAUGUGGAUGAACUGCUGGUGGGAAUCGUCAAGCAGGUACGUCUGCGUCUGGCCGCUCACCGGAAGCGUCUAAAGAAGAUGUCCUCCUCGAAGACGUCUUUAAGUCUCAACACAGCCAAGGAACUUCUCAACAAGAUCUGUAUCCUCGACAGCAAGUCUAAAUCUUGUGAGAAUCUUCACGUCUUGUAGAAGGAUCCUGGAGGUGGUUCAGUCUUGGAGAGUCACAGGUGUUCCACAGGAGCCUUCACGUCUUGUAGGAAGGCCCUAAAGGACACCAAGAAGUGCUCCUCUUGCUGAUUUCAAACUCCAUAAUAGUCAGAAGAAACUUCGGCCUCUUGUAGGAGACACCGAAGCAAAAAACCAAUCAAGGAAACUCACACUUGUUCCUCAUACAGAACCCCCAGUGUCUUGAACACAGAGGUACAUGAGCACAAGUAAGAAGAAGACUUAAAAGGCCUCACCUAGGCCUCACCUAGGCCUCACCUAGGCCUCACCUAGGCCGCCGUCUGACCUUCAAGAACUCACUAAUACGUUCCAGCUCCACUGAGCUUCACGAGAAAGUUUAGUGUAAGAACUUCUCAUGUGGCUGUGUGAGAGGACUAAGGUCAUCCAUCACAAGCCACGGUGUUCACUCAGCUGUCCAUCACCUGUAAAUUUGUUAGUUAACUUAGUUAAUUGUGAGACUGUGAAGCUGUGAUGUGUCUACGAGGAGUGUGGGUGACCACCGUCAGGAUGGGUGACCCAGGGUCAUUCCCACCGUCAAGAUGGAUGACGUGUGGUCAUCCCACUCUGGAUGGUUAUAUAACCAACAUACCUCUAUAGGAAAUGUAUUAUUUUCCAUGUCCUUCGAGGACAUACUUGACAAUGAUAGAACCUGUAGUAGCACCUUGGGAGAUGACAACAAUUCACAACUAACCCACAAUACCGUGACAACAACAAUUCACAACUAAUCCACAAUACCGUGACAACAACAAUUCACAACUACCAACAAUACCGUGACAACAACAAUUCACAACUAACCCACAAUACCGUGACAACAACAAUUCACAACUAACCAACAAUACCGUGACAACAACAAUUCACAACUAACCCACAAUACCGUGACAACAACAAUUCACAACUAAUCCACAAUACCGUGACAACAACAAUUCACAACUAACCAACAAUACCGUGACAACAACAAUUCACAACUAACCCACAAUACCGUGACAACAACAGUUCACAACUAACCCACAAUACCGUGACAACAACAGUUCACAACUAACCCACAAUACCGUGACAACAACAGUUCACAAACUAACCCACAAUACCGUGACAACAACAGUUCACAACUAACCCACAAUACCGUGACAACAACAAUUCACAACUAACCCACAAUACCGUGACAACAACAGUUCACAACUAACCCACAAUAACGUGACAACAACAAUUCACAAACUAACCCACAAUACCGUGACAACAACAGUUCACAACUAACCCACAAUACCGUGACAACAACAGUUCACAACUAACCCACAAUAACGUGACAACAACAAUUCACAACUAAUCCACAAUACCGUGACAACAACAAUUCACAACUAACCAACAAUACCGUGACAACAACAAUUCACAACUAACCCACAAUACCGUGACAACAACAGUUCACAACUAACCCACAAUACCGUGACAACAACAAUUCACAACUAACCCACAAUACCGUGACAACAGCAGUUCACAACUAACCCACAAUACCGUGACAACAACAGUUCACAACUAACCCACAAUACCGUGACAACAACAAUUCACAACUAACCCACAAUACCGUGACAACAACAAUUCACAACUAACCCACAAUACCGUGACAACA